UAAUCUCCGUCUCUCUCUCGCGCUCUCUCAAAAGUUAAAAGCACCGGCAGCGGAACCAAUAAAGACCGGUGGACUUGAUGCCCAUUACGCUUCUCACGUUAGGUUAUAGAGUUGUAAGUUCAAUCACAGCAGAAUAUGUUGUUGCAGAAGGAGGUUGGAAAGGAGGUACAAGAAGUUAAGAUUUAGAAUAGAGAAAAUGAGUGGAGGUGGAGAGAAAGGGACAGGAACCACAAAAACUCCGGCAGAUUUCCUCAAGUCAAUUCGUGGGCGACCGGUUGUUGUAAAACUGAAUUCUGGUGUUGACUAUCGAGGUAUUCUUGCGUGUCUUGAUGGGUAUAUGAAUAUAGCAAUGGAACAAACCGAAGAAUAUGUCAAUGGACAGUUAAAAAAUAAGUAUGGUGAUGCUUUUAUUCGCGGAAAUAAUGUUCUAUACAUUAGCACGACGAAGAGGAAUGUGGCGGAUGGGGCUUAGUUGUUUUAUGAAGCCAUGUAGAUCAUCUGCUGUCAUGCUUUAUGCAAUUAUGUUGUAAUGUAAGCUUACAUGGGAUGAUGAGAAGGAAAUAGAACUCGUCGAGUCGGUACAUUUUUCAGUAUCUAUUUUGGAAUGAAUGAAAGAAAUGAUCUAUUGACUGAUGAUUAA